UAGCAACACAGUAAACAAUGGUGUGGAGGCACUGGCGAGACCCAGGAGGUGGUUGGUGGGCACCAUGAGCUCCCCGCUCUCAACACUGGGCAAACUGAGGAAGGUCUCCCUGACCCGACCUGAGGUGCAGCACAAUGGAAGGAGGGUGGUGCCAUUUAAAGGGAGCUUCUACACAGAGGAUGAGGCUGCAUUGCUGAGUGAGAUCUUGCCCCGUGCAUCAGUGUCGCCAGCCUCUAGUUCAGUGCGUCUCACCCCGACUCAAAAGCCAAAGGCUAAAGACACCAGUCCCAAUGACAUGGAGCUGAUGUCCACCAUGAUGAGCAGAUUGACUGAACUGGAGCAGAGAGUCCGAGCCCAAGCUCGAGAGAUCAGCUCAAAGAACAAGGAAAUCACUGUUCUGGAGGAGAAGGUGAAAACACUGCAGCAGGCCAAAGUUGAUGAGCCCAAAAGAAAGCAUGAGCUGGAGAAGUACCUGCAACUUCAGAACCAGGUGUGGGAAAUGGAGAAGUUCCUAAACGAUUACGGGAUGACCUGGGUUGGCGACCAGGGCGACGAGAACAACAAUGAGGACACGACUGAAGAGGAAGAGGAAACGAAUGAGAUAAUCCUGAGCAACGGAAUCUGGCAACCAGAUGACACCAUCCUCAAGCCGCCACAAAUCGACUUCGAUUUAAUUCUGGAGAAUAUCAGAGAGUUGAACGUUCUGGCUGGCGAAGGGGAGGCGAAGGUUGAGCACGUGACCGGGGGAGCUGUGCUGAGGCGGCCUGACCCCAUCCCCCUCACCCUCUUCAAAAACGGGAUUGUCAUGUUCAACGGCCCUUUCAGAUCGUUCAAGGAACCUUCAACACAGCAUUGCAUGCAGGACUUCGCAGACGGAUAUUUCCCAUCGGAAUUGCAGAGCAAAUUCCCAGACGGAAUCCCAUUCCAGGUAUCAGACAGGAGGGACGUGACGUUCCAGGAAAGGAAGCUGUACGCAGAUUUCCCGGGAGUAGGGCAGACGAUCGAUGGCAGCCGUGUCUCCAGUGUUUCACUGGUGCAGUAUCCCAAGGGAGUCCAGGUGACCAGCAAGUUGCCAGGGCAAAAGUUGACGGUGGAGCAAUUUCUUAGGAAGCUGCCCAGGAACGUGAUCAAAGGUGGAAAAGUGAUCGACAUCAGAGAGGAGAUUGGAGACAGCCUUCAGGGUCAGUCAGGGAAAAGGAGCAACGGUGUGAUCCUCAUUGAAACCUCAUCUCUCAUCUCAAUGAAGGAGAGGCUGAAGGUGAAGGAGAAGAAUAGGUCAUCACUGGAUACCAUCACCACGCUGAGGAUCAAGUCCGAGAACGGCGAGCAGACGUACAUUGCCAAAAUGCUUUUCUCGGAAACAGUGAGAGAGCUUCGGCAGUACCUGGAUCACAGCAGAUCACAGCCACUGGUAGAUUACGAUAUUGUCAGCAGCUUCCCUCAGCAAGUCUACAGCGACCUGGACAAGACACUGGAGGAAUACGGUUUGGUCCCCAAUGCCAUGCUAAUGCUUCAGGCCUGCAAACACUAGCUCUGACCCCAACCCACAUGGGUUACCUAAACCCACCCACCAUUAGCCCACUUCCUGUUCAUUUAAAUGAGUCACACGCCUUUAUUCCUGUGUUGGGUGAGACUCACUGAGAAAGCUGAGGGAAAAGGACUGGUUAUGUGUCGCAAAGCCACCCUUGUGAUUCCCUCCUUACCCCGAGUGCCAAUCAUUCUCUCCAAUUCCCCCUUUGUGGCCGGAAUUUUUUCUUUUGAGUUAUGUCAAAAACAGAUGUCACCCUCUUCCUCUCUCCCACAUCCAAAUAUUACCUUUUUUUUUCCAGUCUCAGUUUCUUUCCCAUUACGAGGCUAUUCAAAAGAUCGUAGAGUGAGAGAUGAGCCGCUGGUGUUUCACUCACAUUCCAAACUCCACCGCUUCCCGCAUACUCCUGUUGUUCGCUCACUUACUUGCUCCCCAGAACUGAUGUCAACACACAGAAUUUGAGAAAAAUAAACCUUUCAUUCGAUAAA